AUGAGGGGGCCAAGAAGAAUCGGUGGUGGCCUACCGAGCGGGAAAAAGCUGGACUGCUGCCAGAAGGUGCGUCAAGCUCGAGGAGUAUUGCUGGUGUACUUGAGCAUCUGUGCAUUGCUGCCCGGCGCUAUUUUCACCGCAUCAGCACACGUACGCGUGACAUCCAACGAAAAUGCACAGCGGCAUGUAAACGAUGCCAGUAAUAAUUUGAUGGAGGAUCUGCCCGUUUUCGAGCCGACAGCGGCGAAUGUCAGUGCAUUUGUAGGACAAACCGCAUAUCUACCGUGCCGCGUGCGAAAUUUGGGCGACAAAGUAGUUUCUUGGAUGAGGAGCAGGGACCUCCAUAUUCUUACUUCGGGAAAUUUUUCGUUCAGCUCAGAUGCGCGAUUCGGACCUCAGCACACCCAAGGCAGCGACGCCUGGACUCUCAGGCUGGAUAACGCCAGGAAGACGGAUUCUGGCAAGUACGAGUGCCAGGUCAAUACGGAACCGAAGAUCAUGUAUGCAGUGCAGCUCUCUGUGCGAGAUCCAGACAAACCGGAGGGUUAUGACGAGCCGCAUUCUCAGCAAACACGUAUAAGCUAUGAGAGUACAGCGCCGGUGGCAGACAUAAUGGGUCCUCGGGAGCAAAGGGUGCCAUCGGGCUCGACGAUCACCCUGAGGUGCGUCAUAUUGUCGCCGUAUCAGACCCGUCCCAUCAGGGGUGUACAAUGGCUUCGGGAUAACAAACUCCUAACAUUCCAGGCAGCGCGCGGAGGGAUAAAUGUAGAGACCGAAAAGGGUGCGGCACGUACAGUAUCCGUGUUGACUUUGGCGGCGGUGACUCAAGAUGACGUCGGGAACUAUUCAUGCAGGCCGACGGAGGGUCGAUCAGCCACUGUCAGCUUAGUCGUUGAGGAAGGUUAG